AUGUCUGACUGGGAUAACGUUACAACCAUUGGAAGCCGUACUGGACCUGGAGCACGCACUCAUGUUGCCAAGACACAAUCUCAACUCAACAGCGCUCGUCGUGCUGGAGCCGUUGUUGGCACUGAAAAGAAGUAUGCCACUGGCAAUCGCUCUCAAGAUCCUGCUGGACAGCACUUAACCAAGAUAGACCGUGAAAACGAGGUCAAGCCUCCAUCGACCACCAACCGUUCUGUUGCUCAAGCGAUUCAAAAGGCACGCCAAGACAAGAAAUGGGCACAAAAGGAUUUGGCCCAAAGAAUCAACGAAAAGCCUCAGGUCGUCAACGACUAUGAAGGUAGUCGUGGUGUACCUACCCAACAAGUUUUGACCAAGAUGGAGCGUGCUUUGGGUGUGAAGUUGCGUGGUCAAAACAUCGGUGCGCCUUUGGGUGGCCCUAAAAAGAAGUAA